UCACAGCCAUCUCAUCUUCAACCUCUGCAGUUGAUCUAGCAAGGAGAAGCUAAGUGACAGCACUUCAAGAACACUUGUCGUUUGAAGCAAUGGCGAUUCCGGUGAUCGACUUCUCCAGGCUCGACGGCGACGAGAGGGCGGCCACUCUGGCAGAGAUCGCUGCUGGGUUUGAGGAGUGGGGGUUCUUCCAGCUGGUGAACACUGGCAUCCCUGAUGAGCUGCUGGAGAGGGUGAAGAAGGUGUGCGGCGACAUCUACAAGCUGCGCGAGGAUAGGUUCAAAGAAUCCAACCCCGCGGUGAAGGCCCUCGCCCGUCUGGUGAACCAGGAAGGCGAGGGCCUUGCAAUGAAGAAGAUUGAGGACAUGGACUGGGAGGAUGUCUUCACCCUCCAGGACGACUUGCCCUGGCCCUCCAACCCUCCAGCCUUCAAGGAGACGAUGAUGGAGUACAGGAGGGAACUGAAGAAGCUGGGGGAGAAGCUGCUGGGAGUUAUGGAGGAGCUGCUGGGGCUGCAGGAGGGCUACAUCAGGAGGGUCUUCACCGGCGACGGCGACUUCGAGCCCUUCUACGGCACCAAGGUGAGCCACUACCCGCCGUGCCCGCGGCCGGAGCUGGUGGACGGCCUCCGCGCCCACACCGACGCCGGCGGCCUCAUCCUGCUCUUCCAGGACGACCGCUUCGGCGGCCUCCAGAUGCUCCGCAACGACGGCGGCCACGCCGGCCAGUGGCUCGACGUCCAGCCCGUCGAGAACGCCAUCGUCGUCAACACCGGCGACCAGAUCGAGGUGCUUAGCAAUGGCCGGUUCAAGAGCGCAUGGCACCGCAUUUUGGCCACCCGCGACGGCAACCGCCGCAGCAUCGCCUCCUUCUACAACCCGGCGCGCAUGGCCACCAUUGCUCCGGCGAUCCCCACCGCCUCCGGCGAUGCGGCCGCCGUCGCCUACCCGAGCUUCAAGUUCGGCGACUACAUGGAGGUGUACGUGAAGCACAAGUUCCAGGGCAAGGAGCCCAGGUUCGCUGCUCUGGCGACCAAAUGAAUGGAAGGAUGCAUUGAGCUAGCAGCAGUCUGAAUUCUGAAUUCUGAAUUCUGAAAGUCUGAACCUGCUGCAAGUUCUCACUUUUAAGCUCCAUACAGUUCAGUUAAGUGUGUGAUUACACUACGGAUUUGUAAGAUGGAUGGGUUGUCUAAGUAUGUGCUUGCAAUACAGAUGUGUUAAUUAGUGUGUUUGCAGCAAUCACAGCCAUGUAAGGUUGUUGUCUACUAUGGUCAACAGAUGCCAUAUUAGUUUGUAGCUGGAAUUAAUGGCAUCCAUGGGGUUUAUUUUUCUUCUUUUCUGUUUGAAUGUUCACUCUACUUGUUAAUGUGGUGUGUAAUUAUACAUUAGUGAGGAA